UAUAAAGCUCACACAGCUUUACAGACGGCACAGUUCAACAGUAAGCUGCCAGUGCAAGAAUUCAGAUCUCUGUGAGUUUUAUGCUGUUGUUGCUGCUCAGCUCCAUCUCCCCAAGUGAAAGUGUUGCUUGACAGCAGACGUUUCCUCAAGACAUCUGCGCUGAGAGAGAUGGCCGCCUCGUUGUGUCAACUGAAGGCUCCAGACAUCUAUGUUGCGCUGAGAGAGAUGGCCGCUUCGUUGUGUCAACUGAAGGAGGACAUGGCAGUGUUGCAAAGAGAGGCCACAGGUCAAGCACAGCUGAAAGCUGAAGUGGACAAGCUGAAGGCUGAAGUGGACAAGCAGAAGUCUGAAGUGGACAAGCAGAAGACUGAAGUGGACAAGCUGAAGCAACAACUGCAAGCCCGACAGGUUGCAUUCUCAGCCUCUCUGGUGGCUGGAAGUAAAUCAGGCCAAGAAUGCACUACCGGACCCUUUCCCACGAAUACUCUUCUGAUCUACAAACAUGUCCCCACCAACAUCGGAAAUGCCUACAACCCAAACUCAGGUGUGUUCACUGCCCCGGUGAGAGGAGCGUACCACUUUGAGUGGUGGGUCACUGAGGACUACGGUGGCCAUGCUGCAAGUGCUGUGUUGGUCAAGAACUCAGAGAAUGUUUUCAUGGCAUGGGAGAAACAUGGGAGCGCUUCUAAUGGUGUCACACUGUUGCUGGAGGUGGGAGAUGUUGUGUUUGUGCGUCUGGUGGCUAACACUGUGGCGCGUGACAACGACAAUCACCACACCACCUUCAGUGGGUUUCUGCUGUUCCCCAUGUAAGACAGAAACAGCAGCUCUGUGAUAGCCACGCAGGUUUUUGUUGUCUUAAACAAGUCUUCAUAACCCUUCAUAUAUUUGAUCUGAUUUUCAUCUGCAUCCAAAUAAUAUUAAGUAAUAAUUGUAGACAAGUAUUUUUUUUUUCUUCUUCAAAUAUAAACUGGUUAAUAUUUCUUAUUCUCUCUUGUUUCGGUAAUUUUAAUCAAAUAAAAAUAUAUCAUUGCAAUUACA